CUCCCUUCAAAACUUCCCUCUCUUCCUUUACAAAAUUUAGUACAAUCUGAAUCUAAUGGCCGAAGAAGAAUUCCAAGAGUCCGAGGUUAUAUUUUCCGACCACAGCAGCAAUCAUUACGGCACACAUGACGAGGAUGCUGCUGUUCAUGGUGAUGGGUCCUUCGAUUAUUACCAAGGUUUCUCCAAAAACGGCCGUGUUUCAGGUAACUACAACAAGUCCAAGAAAAAUACCAUGAAGAAGAAGAAGAAGAAAAAGAUGGAUGCCAGUUCACUUCCAGUUAACAUCCCACGUCAUCAUGGUACUACUGUUUUUCAUUGCGGUGAAGCUGAUGAUUUUGAGGAAGAGGAAGAAGGUGAGGAAGAGGAAAUCGUGCCUCCCCAUGUGAUAUCAGGAAGGAGAAUUGCUGGGAAAAUGGCGUUUUCGGUUUGUACUGGCAAUGGAAGGACGCUUAAAGGAAGGGAUUUAAGUCAAGUUCGAAAUUCAAUUCUUAGAAUGACAGGAUUUUUGGAAGCAUAACCCAUGGUCAAAUCUUUUUCUUUUUUUUUUCUCUUUUGGUAUUCAUUUCAGAAUUCAGAAAUGAAUUGGGAAAAAAUUGAUUUCCUUUGUUUUCUAGUGACAUGAAAAGAAAAAAAAAAAGAAAAUAAUUACAGUAGCACAUAAUUAUUGAUGAGUUUCAACAAUUAUUAGUAUUUCCCUUUGCUUAUUGCUUGGUUAAUUUCUAGUUUUUGUUUCAUGAUUAAAUUUCUUAGCUUG